AUGGCUUCCAUUCUCCGGUCUGUCCCACGGGUCUUUAGGGGCUAUCAGUGUGCCUCAGUCCCUCUCUCAGCAAGAAUGUUCCAGAAAAGAGCAGAUGAGAAAUGUACCCUGGCUAAUAAAGUGGCUGUGGUCACUGGCUCUACAAAAGGGAUUGGCUUUGCCAUCGCCCGGCGUCUGGCCCAGGAUGGGGCCCACGUGGUCAUCAGCAGCCGGAAGCAGCAGAAUGUGGACCAUGCAGUGGCCACACUGAAGGAGGAGGGGCUGAGUGUGACGGGCACUGUGUGCCAUGUGGGGAAGGCUGAGGACCGCCAGCACCUUGUGGCCACAGCCCUGGAACACUCCGGGGGUGUUGACUUCCUGGUGUGUGUGGCAGGAGUCAAUCCUUUUGUGGGAAGCACCCUGGGAACCAGUGAACAGAUCUGGGACAAGAUCCUGGAUGUCAAUGUGAAGUCUCCAGCUCUGUUGCUAAGCCAGUUGCUGCCCCACAUGGAGAAGAGGGGGGGAAGCUCUGUUGUUCUGGUGUCCUCUGUAGUAUCUUAUUUGCCAAUGCCGAAACUGGGCGUCUACAACACCAGUAAGACAGCCCUGUUGGGCCUCUGCAAGUCUCUGGCUGUGGAGCUGGCUCCAAAAGGCAUCCGCGUGAACUGCAUAGCGCCAGGAAUUAUCAGGACUGACUUUGGCCUAGGGGAGAAAGAGAAAACAAUGAUGGAUAUAUUGCCUGACAUAAAUAAAAUCUAUGGAUUGCAGCGGUUAGGGGAGCCAGAAGACUGCGCCGGGAUCGUAUCUUUCCUAUGCUCCUCAGAUGCCAGCUACAUCACCGGGGAGAACAUCAUAGUAGCUGGCUUCUCCCCUAGAGUGUGA